CAAGUAGGUGCAAUUCUGUCUCAUUUCAAUCUCCCUUUACCCAUAGGGAUUUAUACUGAGUCACUGCGCGCUGAGGGUGACAAACUAAGGGAAUCUUAAGGCGUGAAGAAUUGUUAGGGACGGCAACACGUUUAUACUUUACAGAAAAUGUUACACUUUUCGUGAACAUCUGGUUUCAUCGCUGAUUUUCAGUGAUCGAUUCACGCAGCAAUUAUCAAUAGGACGCUUUUGUUCCUUUAGACGAAUGUGUUUAAGAAGAUAAUCCGGACUGAGUAGUUUUGUCAUUGCUGUCUGGAUUAUAGCUGUCGUUUUCAUCAAGACGUUGAUGCUUGUAUCAAGAUGGAAAUGACGAGAAUAUCGCUGCUGGCAUUGUUAUUCUUCAUGCAUCAGUCAUCAGCUGAGACCCACUGUUUCUGGUCAUCAGACGACGGUCGUUGUACUGACUGUCACACAGGCUGGCAUGGAGACAACUGCAGCAACAAGUGUUCCAGCAACUGCGACAUCGGCGGCUGUCACAGGGACACCGGAAUAUGUAGACAGUGUGACGCUGGCUACCACGCCACCAACUGUACAGUAACUUGUCCCCCCAACUGUAGAUACAGUCAUGGUGACAAGCCCUACUGUAGUCGGGAGACAGGGCACUGUCUGGAAAACUGUCUGGAAGGCUGGUGGGGAAAGAAGUGUGAAAACAGAUGCAGUGAUGGAUGUGAAGACGACUCCUGCUUCUUCUGGGACGGGUCGUGUGCUAGAGGAUGCAGGGAUGGUUGGGCCGGUGACAGUUGUGACACCAGGUGUCCAGUGGGGUGUCAUGGUAACAAAUGUGAGAGGUACGGCAGCCAUAAGUGCACACAAGGAUGUACACCCGGUGUUCACGGACAUCACUGUGACAAGCAGUGUAACAGACACUGUAGACAUCAGGACUGUUUCUAUGACCACGGUAUGAAGUCUACAGUCUGCAGACAGGGCUGUGUGGACGGCUGGAUGUCCCUCGACUGCAAGAUGAGGUGUCCAGGUAACUGUGAGGCAUGUUCUCAGGAGACUGGGGAAUGUUCCAGAUGCAAGCCAGUCUACUGGGGAUCUGACUGCACUAGUCCAUGUAGUGACACGUGUUUCAACAAGACAUGUGACAGAGGGGAUGGGCGAUGCUCUGGUUGUAUACCCGGUUACUAUGGAAACACCUGUGACACGGGUUGUGGGGCUGACUGUAUGAGAUGUCUCCAGGUAGACGACGGCUGUGGAUGUAGGGAGGAAUGCCACACGAUGUGUCUGCAGCACCAUCAACAGGGAGGGGCAUGCAAAGGGGUACACGGAGGAGAGGAAAUACAAAACGAACGGAUCACAGAGAUGUGAAGCUGAAGACAUACUGUUUACAUUAUCUGUAGGUCUGCUGGUUCCACAUCGACUUCUUCAAGCCUUGAACUUGAUAUAACUAUUAACACGGAAAAACUAGACAAAGUUGUACCAAUAUUUUAUAACGAUAUGCGUUAUUGAAAACUGGAAAUAUUACAGACUA